AAACUCUACGGCGAAAUCGGCGUCCGCCUGCGCAUUCCACCGCGCUAUGACCGGCGAGCCGCCGCCUCCUUUGACGCGAUCGUCCACAGCACCUUCCUCUGCGUUGCCAGCGCGGCAUAUCUUCUGCGCCACCGGUGGCCCGUUCCUUUCGCGGCGAGGAUUGCGAGCGGCCGUGUCGCUGGCGUAGCGAGAGAGUCGGGGAGAGGAGAGGGCGCCCCUUUCCCCCUGAUCAGACUCUCGCAGUUGAUCGGCGGCCGCGCAAAACGGUUAGUCCGCGCCGGUCCGCUCUACGCUGAGGUCACUCAGCGCUGUGCACUCCACCAGACUCUUUUUUUUUUUCAACAGGCCACGCGCUCCCACACAGCUGCAGAGUUGUGGUCGGCUUCGCUUGUGCAUUUACGAUAACGCCCAAUUUCUGGUAGAAACUUAGGCACGCUUGUUUCAGUUGUGUUCCUCAAUCGGUACAAUGUUUUUGUGACGCGUUCCAAGAAACCGAUAUCCUCAUUUCCGUGUCGAUGUGUAUUGCUACUGCGCAGGAAGACUGUGCUCUGUUGAGCGGAACGGCCAGUGACCUAUGAUUGGGACGUGAAAUUGUCCGGUUUUCCGCAUUCUGAAAGACCAGUCGUUUCAUCGAGGCAAUGACUGUAUAUAUUUCUGCUGACUAACCGUGACUGUGUUGAAUGCGCUCGCUGCACGUUAUCAAUGAACGGCACUAAUCGACCUGGUGGCCUCAUCGAGGCUGCCUGACUGCCACGCUUCUGGAUUACUCCUGUGCUAUCCUGGAAAGCCGUCAAGCGUUAUGACCGCUUCCUGCCGUUUAUACUUCACGUUGCUGGUGUCGGCCUGCCUGCUGCCCUGGUGCAGCCCUAGCGCGCAGGGCACCCGUGCUGAGAGGGUGUUCUCCCAACUGAAAGCACUGCGGGAAUGCGAGCAGCGGGCAUUCUAUGACUCUCGUAACAAGAACGACACCGCCGGUUGCGACUGGAGGUUCGACGGAUGGCACUGCUGGCCACCGACUGCACGAGGUGUUGUGGCCCGAGCGCCGUGUCCUGUUCUACUACCUGGAGUUGUAAAUUCUUCAGGCACGGCGUUCUACCAUUGCCUAACGCAUGGUUCAUGGAAAGGCCCACUCGCACACUACGGCUAUUGCACAACUAAGCUGAACCCCGACCCAGAACUAAAACUUCUGUGGGACAUUGCUGACGAAAUCGGGGAGUACGUUCCCUGGGAGCAGAGUUCACCGCGUGGCGAAAACUGGAUGUGGGAGCAGAAGAUCCACCACUUCAAGCAUUGCCUGGAGCACGUACUUCUCAAGCCAUUUCCGGAACAGGGCGUCAAUGAUUCCUUUUGUCCCCGAACGUGGGACGGCUGGAACUGCUGGGACGACACGCCUGCAGGUCAGACUGCUUUCGCCCCCUGCCCACAGUUCGUGGCUGGAUUCAUUUCGUCGAGACAAGCUCACAAGCUCUGCACGCCCAAUGCCACAUGGUUCCGUCAUCCGAUCACGGGAAUUAUCUGGUCCAACUACACAGCGUGCGUGGACACCCACGACCUUCAGUUCCGGAACUUGGUCAAUUCCCUGUACGUGACAGGAUACUCCAUAUCGCUCGUCGCUCUCCUUAUAUCAAUCUUCAUAUUUUGUUACUUCAGAGCACUACGCUGCCGGCGGAUUACUAUUCACAAAAACUUGUUUACAUCGUUCAUAAUCAACAACCUCUGCUGGAUUUUGUGGUACAUCAACGUCAUCUCACAACCACACGUGAUCGAGGAGAAUCCGAAAUGGUGUCAGGUUCUGCACGUGGUGACGCAGUACUUUCUGCUGUGCAACUACCUUUGGAUGUUCUGCGAGGGCCUGUAUUUGCACACUCUGCUAGUUCUUGCAUUUAUCGCCGAGGACAAUAUCAUCAAGUGGUUCUUGCUGAUUGGAUGGGGUUUUCCUUUGAUUCCAGCCAUUGGUUAUGGAGUAACCCGUGGCCUAGACAAUGAAGCAUCAAGGAUGUGCUGGGUCGAACACGACGUCUGGUACACGUACAUACUCAGCGUUCCCGUUUGCAUCUCAAUACUGUUGAGCUUCGCAUUUCUCGUGAACAUAGUGAGAGUUCUGGUCACGAAACUUCGAGCUGUGAACUCUCCUGACAAUGAGAGCACAAGGAAAGCUGUGCGGGCCACAGUAAUUUUGCUGCCCCUCUUGGGAUUGCAUUACGUCGUGACACCCUUCAGACCAGACAAAGGUUCCAUAUUCCUUGCUUACGAGAUUAUAUCAGCGCUGGUCACGUCCUUGCAGGGACUCUGCGUUGCCCUUCUUUUCUGCUUCUUCAAUGGAGAGGUUCUGGGCGUCCUUCGCAAGACCCUGUCACAGUCACCUUGGUUUUCUUACGAGGGCCGACGGAUGUCUUAUGCAAAUACGAGUAUAAGCCGGCGCUAUCACAGCUUGCGCUCCAAACUUUCCCCGCCAUCAGCACCAGGUCCUCCGCAUUCAUUUUAUGCCAAGGCACUCACCUGAUGGCAGAAGUCCGUCUGUUUCGCCCAACCAUCAGCAGACCAUGCUGUAAGACGCGGAGUGCGGAAGACGGCGUCAUCAAGGGUUCUGUGCCCCUUUAGUGUGUUUGGUCGAACUGCAUCGCAGUGCAAUGCACGCAGUCGCGCAAGCCUGGUGACACAUGAAAUCACCCUCGGGCAUUCUCGAUUCUUAGGAACCAAGACCGCGGUUGUCAAGUGGACGUUACGAUCAACACCACCGACCCUACGUCAUCACUGGUGUACAAUAUUCGUUGCUUGAACGUGGUGUUCUUUCCCGCGAAUGGAUAUACGUACUUCUUUCUGCACUUCUGUUUAAUUAAAAUACCCCAGAAGCAUUUCAAUAUUUUCUCAAUACUAGCUUUGAGCGCACGUCAUCAUUGUGCGGAAGGAACAUUCAGGCUUUGAGGUUCAAGACGAACAGAACGAGCUGCUGUGACUGAGUCAGUAGCUCAGUGCUGCUUAAAUAAACGUGGUUUGUGAGUGAAUAUUACCAAUUGUCCUGAAGUUCGGUAUAAUAAAAUGCCAUUAAAAAGA